AUGGCAGUCCCUCCCUCUGUCCAGCGUCUGAAUCAGACUCUCGCCCACAUUCACCCCGCUACUGCACCGCUGCAUCUGUCGAUCGUUGCUGGUCCGACUCAUCCCAAGCUGCUCGACAUCACUCUCGGUGAAUUGUUGACCAUUCAGGCCCUACACUACGCCGACUACGAAUGUCUCGUCUUUCCCUGGACCGGAGCUCGCUGGACCUAUGCCCAGCUGAAGGAUGAGGCCGAUCGUCUUGCCCGCGGCAUGUUGGCCAUGGGAAUCCAAAAGGGCGAUCGUGUGGGUGUGAUGGCUGGCAAUUGCGAGCAGUACAUUUCUGUCUUCUUCGCCGCAGCUCGCGUGGGUGCCAUCUUGGUUGUCCUCAACAACACCUACACUCCGUCCGAGCUGUCUUAUGCUCUCAGUCACUCCGGUUGCCGACUUCUCUUCAUGACCCCCCAAAUUGGCCGCCACAACCUCGAAGAAGUCCUACUUGAACUCGGAUCGACCCCGAAGAUAAACGGCACCUCUGACCACCUCGACGAGAUCGUCAUUCUGCGUGGAGCAUACAAAGACUUUCCCACCUACGCCGAUAUCAUUCAGCGCGGCGUUUCACAGUCUGCUCACCUUCUUCAGGAUCGCGAGGCUGCACUCCGCCCAGACGAUGUCUGCAAUUUACAAUUCACCAGUGGCUCGACUGGAAAUCCCAAGGCCGCCAUGUUGACCCAUCACAACUUGGUCAACAACUCCCGCUUCAUAGGCGAUCGCAUGAACCUGUCUUCUUUCGAUAUUCUUUGCUGCCCUCCGCCACUCUUCCACUGCUUCGGUCUCGUUCUCGGCAUGUUGGCCGUCGUCACCCAUGGCUCCAAGAUCAUCUUCCCCAGUGAAACCUUCGACCCCAAGGCUGUCAUGCAUGCCAUCUCCGAUGAGAAGUGCACAGCUCUGCACGGUGUUCCAACCAUGUUUGAAGCCAUCCUCAGUAUUCCCAAGCCCGCCAACUUUGAUACCUCGAACCUGCGUACCGGGAUUAUUGCUGGGGCCCCGGUCCCGCGUCCACUAAUGAAGCGCUUGCUCGAAGAAUUAAACAUGACCGAGUACACUAGCAGCUACGGUCUCACCGAGGCAUCCCCCACUUGCUUCAAUGCUUUCACUACCGACAGUAUCCAUACCCGACUCACUACGGUCGGAAAGGUCCUGCCCCAUGCGCGGGCCAAGAUUGUCGAUGCCCAGGGCAAUAUUGUUCCAGUUGGACAGCGAGGUGAACUCUGUAUGGCUGGGUAUCAGCUCACUAAGGGCUACUGGAACAAUCCAAAGAAGACGGCCGAAACACUUGUCACCGAUGCUGAGGGCAUCACCUGGCUGAGGACUGGCGACGAAGCCUCUUUCAACGAGCAGGGCUACUGCACAAUUACUGGCCGUUUCAAGGACAUCAUCAUCCGUGGCGGCGAAAACAUCUACCCCCUCGAAAUCGAAGAGCGACUUGCCGCCCACCCCAACAUCGAAUUAGCCUCUGUCAUUGGCAUCGCUGAUCAGAAAUACGGAGAAGUGGUGGGUGCCUUCAUCCAAGUCAGUCCCGGUCAAGCCCGACCGGCUGAUGAUGAUCUGCGCGCUUGGACGCGAGAGACCCUUGGCCGGCACAAGGCACCGCAGCAUGUGUUUGUGUUUGGUGAGGAGGGAGUCCCAAACACUGUCCCCGUGACCGGCAGUGGAAAGGUUCGCAAGAUCGAGCUUCGCGAUAUGGCGACUGCCGCCCUCGCUCAGCGGGCCUAA